AUGAGUGAAUAUGGUUCCGCAGAAAUAUUGGAAGACAGCAAGCUUCCGUUCUGGAGAAAGCGUCGCUAUCAUGUUGUUCUGAUGGUUUUCUUCGGUUUAUUCAAUCUUUUCACUCUUCGAAUUAAUCUCAGUGUUGCGAUCGUCGCGAUGACGGAGAAGAUCAACGUCACUCUUGAAGAUGGCUCAGUUGUGGAAAGACAAGAGUAUUUUCUUGCAGGAUCCUUUGGAUGCCUUUGGUACCUCGCUUGGCUGUUCAUCGUCAGAGCCAAUCCAGAAGUCGAUCCAUUCAUAAAAGAGGCGGAAAAGCAAUUCAUCUUGUCCAGUAUUGGAGAUCGGAGUCAAGUGAAGAAUAUCAGGCAUCCUUGGAAGGAUAUUCUGACAUCAAUGCCAGUGUGGGCAAUCAUAGUUGCAAGUUUCAGUUCAAUGUGGGGAUCACACACUCUCUUCACUCAACUGCCGAUGUUCUUGAAUGUGGCGAUAAUCAGACACAUAAUAUUUGCAACGCAACAUUUGAAUCUUGAUUUGAAUUCAAUAACAAACUCACUUUUCACGAAAGACACUCUGAACUUCAAUGUGGGCACAACAGGAAUCAUGGCCUCAAUUCCUUACAUGGUGCUAACUUGUCUGCUUUUCUUCACGGGCUUCUUUGCUGAUUGGCUGCUCCGGAAAGGACACUUGAGGACAGGUCAAGUUCGCCGAUAUUUCAAUUGUGGAGCUUUUGUCGCGCAAAUGACGUUCAUGCUUCUCACGGCCUUCACAACUGAUCCAGUCUUAAGUGUCGUCUUCAUAAGUCUUGGCGUUGGCGCUGGAGCGUUCACGUCAUCAGGAUAUAAACCUAAUAUGCUGGAUUUGGCUCCCAGUCACGCGUCUGUCUUGAUGGGCUUGGCAAACACUUUCGGGGCUCUUCCUGGUGUCAUCAGCCCAAUUGUGACGGGCUUUAUUGUGACUGAUAAGACGAAAGAACAGUGGCAAAUUGUUUUCUACAUUGCAGCCGGAAUUUACUUGUUCGGAUGCAUUUUCUACUGGUUUUUCGUGCGAGGACGACUUCAACCCUGGGCAAAAAUUGACAUUGAAGAAUUGGCAAAUAGAAAUGCACUGAAAGAGAGGAAAAAGCUCAAAACAGUGGAAUAAUUCAAGUGUCAUUUCAACG